AUGGGGAAUUGCAUGAUGAGAAGUAAUAGCAAGGUUUCGGCACAAGAUCAUGACAAGCAUGAGCCAGCUGAAAAGAAAGUAGAAGCAAUACAGCCCACAGGGACACCAAUGUCGUGGAAGAAGGAGAAGAAGACGGUGAGAUUUAAUUUACCAGAAGAUGAAGAUGAUGGUGGUAGAGGAAUAAAGAAUGGUACGCAUGAUGAGUCUAAAAGUGGAGCUGUGAGGAUUAGACUGGUGGUGACUCAAGAAGAGUUGAAACAACUACUGAAUUACAAGAACGAUUCAAUUUCAAACCGCUCUUCUGUGGAGCAAUUGUUAAGUUUAUUGAAGUCCAGAUCAGGAAGGAGGGUUUCCGCAGAUCAAAUUGGAAAACAUACAACUACUGACGAAAGUUGGAGACCAGUUUUAGAGAGUAUUUCAGAAGAUCAAUGUUGA